AUGGCGGUUUGGAUCCAAAGAGAAUACAAUAAGUGCCCCGACAAGCUUGGUCUGAAAAUGGUCCAUGUUUUCAUGGAAGCCAACAAUGACAUUCUAGAAGAGCGCCAUGUGUAUGUUGGUUGGCACAACUCGCCCAUCUUGCACCAACAGAUCCAUCUGACUGGGCUUGGAAAAUAUGCCUUUUACCCCCAUAUGCUUGGAUACAUGAGUUCCGCCAUCGCAGGUCAUCGAGUGUCCAUUCAGCUUGGUGAAUUUGAUCACGGUAUGCGCAACCAGAUUGUAGAGUUGGCAGGCGAUAUGACCAACAGUUUUUCUCUAACUGGAGAAGACGGCAACUGCCAGGCUUGGCUACAGCGCCUGCUUAGACUCAUGUCCCAGAAUGGUCUUAUUGCACCUGACAUAAACGAUGUUUAUGCAAAAUUUAUCAAGACAGGCAAUGCGCAUUUGGUCGAAGCAGAACAGCAGAAGAUUGAUGCUGCGUUCGGCCUUACCAGUUCUCAGUCAUUAAAUGUUGACAGAACACUUUUUUAUCACAACCUGUGA